AACGAAAGAUAGUCGUGCAGAACGAACAAAAUAAAAAAUUUUCUAGCUAUUUGAAGCUGCUGGGUAAAGUAUAAUUAUUAAUAAAAAAAUAAAAUGAGAAUAUCAAGCUAUGCAAAGAAGAAUUGGAUAAAGUUUUUUGUCGUUUUAGUGUUUCUAUCAUAUGUUGUACAUUUCAACAGAUUGACUAUAGAAUAUAUGUACGACAAUGUGACAGUUUCCGGAAUACUGAAACAACAAAGGGAGGCAAUAAAGGAAAUAGAAGUAACAGAUAACCAUGUAAUAAAAAAGGAUGUAGCGGAUAUUAUGAAACCAACGUUUGUUCCUGACAAUGACCGGGUAUCCACCAAAGGAUUUUUGACUAUUGGUAUUCCAACUGUACAACGUAAAGGUGCUGUUUAUAUUUUCUCAACACUCGAAUCUCUGGUGAACAAUUCCAGACCUAAAACAAAACACGCGUGGGAAGUUAAAAUCGUCAUUUUAUUUGCCGAUACCAACAAGACUUACAAUGACGAACUUGCCAAAAACAUAACAAUUGUCUAUCAUGAUCUGAUUGACCAAAAGGUGAUGCAUCUUGUGACAAUUCCAGGCAAUUAUUAUCCCGACUUAGAUCAUUUAAAAAUAACUUAUAAUGAUUCCACUGUGCGUGUCAAAUGGCGGUCUAAACAGAAUCUGGAUUACGCAUAUUUGAUGGCGUAUUCCGCAAAUCUGUCUCAGUAUUAUUUACAACUAGAAGAUGACUUGCUUACUAGAGAAGGAUACCUUGACAACAUCAAAGAAUUUAUUAAAGAACAUAAAAAGCACGACUGGGCAAUGCUAGAUUUUAACGAAUCGGGAUUUAUAGGUAAAUUGUACCAUAGCCCAGAUAUUGUCAAACUCGCAACUGUAUUGAAAUCAUUUUUUAACGAAAAACCAUGUGAUUAUUUGAUAUCAGACUUUUUGAAACUGAUGCUUCAACAGAAACGAUAUUACUACAAGCCAAAAUUAUUCAGACAUCUGGGGUUACAUUCUUCUUUAUCCAUCAACAAACGAGUGACAGAUCACCAUUUUAAAAGAUGAGUUAUGGCAAGUUUUGUAUGCUUUGUGUGGAAUUUUUCCCCGCAAGAGUUCCACAGUAGAGACAACCAUCGGAACCUGUUCAGGCUUUAAUAUGAUAGUGUAACUAUAUAAACAAAUAUGUAGUUUGUUUUCUUUUCAAACAUCUUAUUUAUUUAUAUAUCCACCUGAGAGCUGUUUCCAGAACGUUUUGUAUAUAUAUAUAUAUAUAUAUAUAUAUAUAUAUAUAUAUAUACUCUUCAAAAAAGUAGGAGACAUUCAGAAACAAUACAAAACUGCGGAAAUGCACUGCUGUUUUUAUUAGAGGUAACCAGUGUAUGUUAAUAACAGGCCAAUUGCCUACACAUGAACAUAAACAGUUCACAUGGGCGGCUUAUCUGACGGAACCAUUUCACUCGCAAAGAGAUACACUGUCAAAAGUGAAAAUGGACGUUUUUGAUUUUUGUCUUAAUAAUGAGUAAUUGCUCCACCAAUCCUCAGACAUUCAGCAAUUCGUCGUGACAUGCUCCUAAUCAACCGCCCAAUCACGAUUUGGGGCAAUCUGACCCACUCCUCUCGCAGUGCCAUGGCCAAUUCUUGCAGUGUUGCCCGUCUCUUGAUCAUGUCCCGGACAUGCUCUAUAGGGGAAGGUCAGGACUCGUGGCUGGCUAAGGCAUAUGGACAAUAUGGUAACGCUGGAGGUAGUCAUUCACAACACGAGCAUUAUCAUCUUGAAAGAUGAAACGUCGACCUGCACGUUGAGCAAAAGGUAGAACUAUCGGUGCCAGGAUGCGGUCACUGUAGUACACACCAGUGACCCUUCCUUGAACAAUAUGCAAGUCCGUUUUGCCAGUCAUGGUGAUUCCUCCCCACACCAUAACAGACCCACGCCCGAAUCUACCAUGCUGUCUCCAAAACGCGAGCACUCCAUCCGUGAAAUCCAGAGUAAAUCUGGACUCAUCUGAGAACAUUACACGCGCACAUCGACGAUUACCCCAAUUUCUACGCUGCCUACACCAUUGACGCCUGUUUUCCAUGUUCUGGCGAGUUAAUGGAUGCACAACACGCGAUCGUCGCGCAUGCCGUCGUUUGGGGUGUAACACGAAUUCCUAUAACUUGGUACAAGUUUACAGAAAGCUGAUUGGCCGUUUGUCCUCGAUUUCGCACGACCUGUGUACGAAUGUAUCGAUCCUGGGCUUGUGUAGUGGCUCUAGGACGUCCUGAACGAGGUCUAUCAUCAACAUUGUGUGUUUGUUGGUACCGAUUCCACAAUCUGCUGAUCACAGACUGUGACACAUUAAACAUGCUGGCUACUGCUCGCUGUGUAGAACCCAUUUGAAGCAUGCCAAUAGCACGUAGAUGUUCAUCAUGUUGAAGACGUCUCAUUGCAAAUGAAACGUAACACACUAAAGCAAAGAUACGCUAAACGGUAAAUCUUAUGCAAGAACCGAUAAGAAAGCAAACAUGGAUAGAAUAAACCAGCACGCGGCAGUUUUCAUCAACCCUUCCUUGAAGUGUCAAAUUUGACAAUGAACCCCUCCCACAUGUAUGGCGCUAUUGCGUGUCGCAUGUGCAGCUCAGUGGUUCAUCUGUGAACAUACUCUCAAAGCAUAUUAAGUGUCCAUGACUAUUUAUCAUAUCACAACCUGUAUAGGUAUUUGCAUCUGAAUAUCCCCUUCUUGUCUUUGAAGAGUAUAUAUGUAUAUAGUUAGCUCCGCUAGACACUAAUCUAGCUGGCCAAUAUUGUAAGUCCUAAAUCGACGAUUUUAGUCGAAAACACUAUGUAUACUUCUAGAAUCGUGAGAACUAUGUAUACCGAUUCCAUUUAAUAAAACUGAAAAACUUUA